AUGGCUCUCACGCUGACGAGUGUGGCGCUGGUGCUGCUCGACCAGCGAGAGGGCGACGCGCUGCUGCAGCUCGGGCCGCUCGUCUCCGCCUUCCUCGGGCCGUCGCCCCACCUCUCGCUGAGCGAGGCCUGCGCCUUCGCCUCCACGUCGCUGCUCGACUGGAUGUGGAGUCUCAGCUGCACGUCCGUGGGCCGCAGAGCCAGCGGCUGGAGACUCGCCAACUACCUCCGCUCGGAGCCGCACUACUACCGGUGGCAGUUCUGGAAGGCCAUGAAGGUGGCGGCGGAGCGCGGAGACUUGGCGCUGGUCUCGUGGCUCUUCGCCCACUUGUCCGGCUGCGUGGUGCCCGUGGAGGUCGUGGAGGUCGCGGCCAAGAACGGACACUUGGGCGUGCUGCAAUUCCUCCUGGGGCACGACGCUGGGCGAUUCGGUAGACACAAACACACAGCAAUGUCAGCUCAAGACGACGAAGUGUCGUUCCAGAGUAUCCCAGACAUUCCUGAACAGGAAGCAGAAGACGGCAACAUCGUCCACUGGGGAGGGUUCAGCAUCGUGGACGCCGUUAUCAAGAGCGCCAUUUUGUACUCUCUGAAGAAAGGGCACUCGGACUUCGCCUCGUUCCUGUUGCCGCCGGGGAAGCGCCUCGUGGACUAUCCGGGUAAUAUUCUUCAGCCACAAGUGAUCGAGAUGGAGCUGGACACGGGGAUUCUACGCGAGAGUGAGAAAGCCGCGGUGGGGGCGAUUCUUCGUCUGGGAGGAACGGGACGCUUGGACCUCAUGCAACGAAUUGUGCGGCAGCACUCCCCUCCUCCGCCCCCGAGAGAGGGGGCCUUUGAGUGGGGGAACAACUGGUUCUAUGCUACAAUUAGUGCUUGCCGAGCUGGAGAUUUGGAGAUGGUCAAGUGGCUGGUGCUCCAUCCUCAUGGCCAGGAACUCUGCUACGGCCUCAUGAUGGGUAAUGGAGCGGAGUACGUCCACUGGUUUGCAGCGUCACCUGAAGGGGGACACGUUGAAGUGAUGCAGUUUCUAGCCGAGGAGGGCAUGGCGGACCAAAUACCAGAGGCGCUGCGUCGAGCCACCGCUUAUGGCCACCUGGAUGCAGUCAAGUGGGUGAUGGAGCAUUUCCCGUCCAGGAACCGAGAACAAGACGUGUGGGUUCUCGAAGUUGCAGUCCUGUAUGGACGCAUGGACAUCGUCCAAUAUCUCGACAGCCUGACCGUACCGAUUCGAUCAACAAAACCCAUUGAUCUAGCUGCUGAACACGGCCAUUCGGACAUUCUACAAUGGCUGCAUGAUGUUUGCGACGGUCAUUGCUCCACCAACGCCAUGGAUUCAGCGGCGACCAAUGGCCACUUCGAGGUGGUGAAGUACAUCGCAGUGAAGGUUGCACGAGCAGCUAAGAACGGGCAUCUGGAGAUUCUAAAGUGGCUCUAUCGUCAUCGAUCGGAGGGUUGCACGCCCAAAGCAAUUGUUGAUGCUGCCGAGAACAGUCACGCCCGCGUCGUCGAGUGGCUCCUAGAUCACUAUCCCGACCUCACCCCACGUCUGCGAAACCUGGUGAUCCACCCGCCGAACCAGUUUGAAAUGUUGUUCUUUCUUCGCGAGACUUUCCCAUCCACUUUUCGGCAGGGAAACAGUGAGCGACCUCGUUCCAGACUUGUCCACGAGUCCAAUGAUGAGCACGUCAAGGCUUGGCUGCAACAAGAGUAUUCCAGUUUCUGA